AUUUAAGUGACAUGAUGGUGGUGAGGAUAAAUCUAGGAGGUAGCUUUCCAUUGCUAAUCGCUGGAAUUAUUGCUGCGAGUAUAUCCGUAAUCACUCUCGCCAAUGCUAAAUUGGACAAAUCCUUAAUCUGGGGAACGUAUAGACCGCAGGUUUAUUUCGGUAUUCGAGCAGCUGAACCGGAAUCAUUCUUAUCAGGUCUCGUUUGGUUCUCUCCCAACAAACCAGAUUCAAUCUUAGAAGCCAGACAUGAAUGUAGUGAAGCGGACAAGAUCGAUGGAUAUGGUUGGACAUACCAUGAUGGAAGAUCGUUAGCCGUUCAAGAGAUCAAGGAUACCGAGAAUAAUUAUUUGUUAGAGACGAGCUGGAUAAAGACUGAUCUGCAGGGGACAGGAUCUUGGGCUGUUAGAAUACAAGGCACGGUACUCGAUCCUUCAAUACCUGCGAGUCUAUCUGCCAUCUAUUACUCAGGCUUGGAGUCCGACUCUUCUUCAAUCGAACCAACUUUUGAACAGGAGAAUUAUGUUGAUGGAUUGCCAUCCAAACCUGAUUCGUCAUUUGAUGACAUCGAUUCUGGCCGUUUCAUAAAGGCGGAGAAAGCAAGUUCAACCUUGCCAGGCUUCUCUAUGAGGUUUAGCGAUACGCCCGGAGCGAAGAACAAACCUGCCAAUCCAGAUUCGAUUGACUAUCUUGAGCACGAAGAAGAGUUUCAGGAAACAAGACCUAAAUGGCACUACCUCGGACUCAAGCUACCACAACAGCAUCUAUGGCGUGGAAAAGAAGUAGUACAAAGCGAUGUGACCUCGUCUGUCAAAGCUGCAUAUGAGGCAUAUGGCUCAAAGAGUAUGCCUUUUGCGGCCGACUUGCUCACCUUGUCGGAUAGCGUUCAGCCCAUGUCCAACUUUUUCGCUCUUCAAAGAUCCUUUUCGGGAAAUUUCAGUUUUGAUAUCUUUUACGAUGCACAAGAUGCGCCUAAAGCAACCUUGCUGGACGGCAACAGCCUCGGUGUAGCCUUGACAGCAAGCAAGCAAGCCUACUCGCAACAUUUGGAACUCACCUUCCCCGUUCCCGAAACGGAUAAGGUCUUGAAAGGCAAAAAGGGAACGAGUAAAACUUUCGUUCGCGAGCUUACAAGUCAAAUUGUCGGCAGCAUCGGAUACUAUUUCGGAUCUUCAAUCGUUGAUCGAUCUUUCACGCAUGACUAUGACGAUAUUGCCGCCGAGCCAAGGGAGGCCAAUCCUCAGCUCACACCCCCAGCAGAGCUUUUGACUGCUACACCAAGUCGCAGUAAAUUCCCGCGCGGGUUCUACUGGGAUGAAGGUUUCCAUUUGGCCCAUAUUUCUGCUUGGGAUCCCAAUUUGAGCCUGGAAGUGUUGAGAAGUUGGUUAAACUUAAUCGAUGAGGAUGGCUGGGUUGCUCGGGAGCAAGUCUUGGGAGAAGAAGCAAGAAGUAGGGUGCCACCCGAAUUUCUGACACAAUAUCCCACCUAUGCCAACCCACCAACGUUGGCUAUGACGGUGACGGAUUAUAUAGAUCGACUUGCGGAGAAGCAUCAAAACAUCUUUCCGCUGGAGGCUGAUAUGGAUACGAUGACUGACCCGGAUCAAGUCAACUUUGAUGAUUCACAGAUUACAUCUUCCUCUUAUAUCGAAGAUCCCAUCUUAGCUAGACAAUUCUUGAUGAGCAUUUACCCCAAAUUACGACAACACUAUCUGUGGUUUAGACAAACACAACGUGGUCAGAUCAAAGAGUGGGAUCGAUCGGCUCGUGCAAGAAAUGAAGCCUUCAGGUGGCGUGGAAGAACUCGUGAUCAUGUCCUGACAUCAGGUUUAGACGAUUAUCCUCGUGCCAGUAAUCCUCACGUAGGGGAAUUGCAUCUCGAUUUGAUGUGUUGGAUGGGCAGUUUUGCAGAAGCCAUGGUGAAAGUGGCAACAGCGCUAGGAGAAGAAGAUGACAUGGAAGAAUACGAAAAGCAUUACAAAGGAAUUGUGACAAAUGUUGUCGAUCUACAUUGGAAUGAAGAGGAAAAGAUGUUUUGCGAUGCUUCGGUGAACGAGCAGGAUGAAUCGUUCCAUGUUUGUCAUCGGGGAUAUUUAUCUAUCUUUCCGCUUACAUCUCAAUUGCUGCCUGUUGACAGUCCGCAAUUGGGUUCUAUCCUAGAUAUGAUGCACGACAAGGAUCAUAUCUGGUCCUCGUUCGGUUUGCGUUCGUUGAGCAAACAAGAUCCCAAUUAUGGAAAAGGAGAAGAUUAUUGGCGAGGACCGAUUUGGGUUCCGAUGAAUUACCUUGCAUUGCGGGCAUUAAAGAAAAAGUAUGCUUCUCAACCCGGACCAUAUCAAGCACAAGCUGCCAAAAUUUACGCCGAAUUACGUGAAAAUUUGGUUGAAAAUGUUUGGAAAGAAUACGAUCGAACAGGAUAUACGUGGGAACAAUAUCAUCCUGAAACCGGAUUUGGACAACGCAGUCAUCCGUUCACCGGAUGGACUUCGAUGGCAGCCAUGAUUUUAGCCGAGCUGUAUUGAGUGAAACAUACCUUGCAAUGAAAUAAGAUGAUAUUAUAC